AUGGAUACUCGGGACAAGAUAGCCAAGCGCACCACCACAACCACCUACUGGACCCGCCGGUACGUCUUUGCCUGCGACCAUGCCGCUGACCGCUACUACCCCGUCAAGGAUAUCUGCAACAACGGCAACAGCCCAAGAGAUCUGAUCCACAACGUUCCCUUCUUGCUGCCCCUCCGUGUCGGCCGCGAGUGCAGCGCUUGUCUUCGACGCCAGGUCUUUGACCGUGUCCAGGCCAAGGCAGCCGAGGUUCGCGCCAGCUUCAACAUGCUGCGUGCCAUGCUCGACCAGCGCUCCAUGGCAUCGGACGAUGGACUUGACACGCCGCUUCUCAUCGACGACGAUGCUGGCGCCGACGAUGACGAUGAGGUUUGGCCGGAGCAGCCGCCGACGUUAGAGAGCCUGUCUCGGUUAUAUGCCACAGUCGCCGAAACCCAAGUCACUGCUACCCCCAACAUAAACAGCUAUGGCACUACAAAGUCCUCCAUUCCUGGCCGCCCCGAGACGUUAAGCGAACGCAUCCGCAGUCUACGCGAGGAUCUGGAGCGGCGUCGGCAGGCGUGGGAGACGUCGUCCAAGUUGCCCAAGACAGAGCCAGUGGUUGAGACUUUAGCUUAA